AUGGAACGGGCCUUCACGUUAGCACCUAUAGACUUUGAAAUGAAAGAUCGUAAUGGGAUGUCUUUGAGCGCCCUCCUAAUCUGGGGCCAGUUCCGUCUUGCGCUCGCGAUUGCAUCCCCACCAGGCAGCCUCCUGCCAUUCCGCCAGGCUGGGGCACCCCUGCGAAUCACGCCCCGAAGCCAGAGGCUCCCGCAGGAGAUCACAGCUGAGGGGACCGGGGCCCUGGAUCCGCCACGCGCCAGUCGCCCGACCUCGCCGGUGGGGCCCGCAAAGCCGCGGCACACGGGCGCCCCCCCUCCCACCCCGGGACCGCCUCGCCUGCUCCGGGGCGCGGGGCAGCCGCCUGGCCUGGGCCGGGGCUCCAGAGACCUGCGGAGCCCAGGGGCGUGGGCGGACAGGGCCUACCUGUGGCUGCAGCGCAGGUCUGGGCACAUCCACCGUCUGCACCUGGCCCACAGGAGUUUCGUCAUCCAGAAUAUUCCUGGCUCCUGGGUCACCGCCCUUCUGAACCACUCGCAGCUGACAGCCAUGAUCAUGAGCGGUGAUGAAGACAUGCUCUGCUACCUGAUGCGUUUGGAGCUGAGGGAGCUCAGGCACGCCAGGACCCAAUGCUAGUUCAAGUUUCGCUUUUGGAACAACCCCUACUUCUGGAACAAGAUGCUCAUGGAGUAUGAGCGCAGAUCCUCAGGACUGUGGUAUCAGUUCUGGUUUGCCAGGACGCGCAGCAGUGUCUUCACCUGGUUCUGGCAGCACAGCUUCCCAGAAGCUGACAAGGUUGCCCAGAUUAUUGAAGAGGACCUGUGGCCCCAGCCCCUGCGGUACCACCUGCUAGGCAAUAGGCCUCCCAGAGCCAGGAGAAGCCUGGCAAGGUGGCCCACAGAGGCCCCUCCUAGGUUCCACAGGUUCCGGUCUGGCUAA